CCUGACCUAAUCUUUAAGGAAGAGUUACCUUCUGGGGAAGAAAAGUCCUCAAUGAUGGAAGGAAAGGGUGUGCCUGGGAACCAGGUUUUUGUGGCGCUCUCCUAGCACCUUUUUCAUACUGACUUUCAAUUUAUUCGGACUCUUUACUACAAAGAUGGAAUAUUUUAAUAAAUAUAUCAAAAACAUAAUUGAACUAUUGGACAAAUUUAAUCCUGAAACUGACAGCCCUGAGCAAGUUCUGGAAGAGAUGUGUGACACCCUACAGCAGACUGUCAGUAUCGAAGAUGAAACCUUCAUUAUGGAAGUUCUCUCUGGAUGUCUUGAAUAUAAGAAGUUACUGGAAAUAGUAGUCAGUGCCUUUUAUGCCCAUGCCGGGAAGAAGUUUCUGUGGUGUGACUACAAUCUCUUUAUAGUUAUUUGUUAUCUGUCCACUUUUUGCCUGGAUAAAAUUGGUCUUCAAGGCUUCAGCAAAAUUAUCAAGUCUCUGGAUAGUGGCAAAAUGCAUAAGUUUCUCCAGUUUUUUUUCAACGUCGUAAACUUGAGCACAUGGAUAAAAGAUGAAUGGAGUUUAAUAUAUGAUUCCGAUUACGUAAAGGAAAACUGGAUUGAACCAUUGUUGAAAUGGGAACCAGAUAUCCAAGCACUGAUCAAAUACCUGAGCGAUGUAUUAGAGAACAGGAAACGCCGGCACAAGGCAGCAAAGAUAACCAAGCCGAAGGAGUUUAAUUUGACUAUCCCGAGGCCCCGAAGCAUUUUAAUUCCUGAUGAAAUUCCAGGUUUGAAGAAGCCAGAUCCAGUACCUCAGACCACAUAUCAGAUUCCAAAAGUACAGAAGCAACUGGGAGUCAUCAAGAAAGAGAAUCGCCAGAAGGCAGAGACAUUACUCCUAGAAGCAAACUUGGAUCCAUAUAAGUGUGCAAUCGUCAAACAAGAUAAAAAAGAACGAGAAUUGAAUCCGCUUCCUGAAUAUAAAUUCAAGGCAGCCACAAAAACGAAGGCGAAAGUUCCAUUGGUUUUCUAUGAGCCUGACAACAUCCCUGUGAGACUGAAUGCCGCCGCACUGUACCGAGAGGAGGCCCUGUACCAGCAGAAAGCCCAGAAGGAGCUUCAAAGAGUCGAGGAUCUCCUGCAAGGAUUCAAAGGCUACUCGGAAUUUGUAGAGCGACAAAAGAAAAUACAAGAGAAAGAGUUAGAAGAGAGGCUGGCUAAGGCAGAGUACUAUAGACUGCAAGGGAAGCUAAGCCGGGAAGAAGCCAUUGUGCAACACCAGAACUUAACUAAGGAGAACAAUAAGAAAGCCAUCAAGAAGAAAGAAAUGCUCGAAAAGUUGAAGCAUGACUACAAUAAGCAGUGCCUUAAAGAAAUGAAAAAAAGGAAAAAAAUAAUUGAACAAAUUACAGAAGGACACAGAAAUGCGAAGGCUGUUCAAGUGAAGCUAUGGAAAACCAAACAUCAAUUAGCCCAAGAAAUAUAUAACAAGAAUAAGGAGCUCCAUGAGAAGAGACAAGAGUUUCUCAAUGAAGAGCGUAAGAAAAAUUGUGACCGGAUCCACAAACUCAGAUCAAUUGAAUCUCUUCCUGUGAUAAAGGACCAAUUUGUUGACUUAACCAAGGAUGCUGGCCAUCGCCUGUUUGGGGAAAUGUCCUUUGUGGAACUUCAGGAAAGGCUGCUGUUGCUGAGGGAGCACCAAAAACGAGAUGAAGAAGACAAGCGGGACCAGAUCAUCCGGGAAAAGCAAGCAAAGAAGAGUGAGCUUAUGGAAAAAGCUGAAAAGAUCGCUAUGUGCCGAGAAGCCUGUGGGAGAGCAGAAGCGUUAAAAUCUGAGGAAAAAAGGAAGCUGGACUUCCAUACAGCCAAAGCUGAUAUUAAAGAUGAGCGCAAUUUAGAGAUGGAGAGAAAAAUCCAGGAGAUAAUAGAGGAGCGCCAAAGAGAGAGAGAUCGCCUGAAGGCAAGAUUCCGGAAGGCUAAGCAAGAAUCAGAAGCAUGGCUCAGGGCCAAGACGCCUUUUGAAGAACGCCACUGGAAACUGUUGGAGAAGGGCCAAGAAAGACUUUACAGGAAACUCCAGAAAGAAACGGCUCCCAGAGCAGCAGAGCAGAGAGAGAUGUUCCGUGUGUCCACCCUGAGCGGAGCUUUGCCAUGCAUUCUGAGAGGAUUUCAACUCGAAAAACCUCCGCUCCGGAGAGCCAAAGCGAGAAGGAGCAUCGAGGAGGAGGAGAAGGAGGAGGAGGAGAAAAGGUUCCAGGGAAUAGAAGACGGGGAGGGAGACUUUAAGGGCACUAAGCUGGAGUACUAUACCCGUGCUUGCCUUUUUCGCGGAAGAAUGUAAGCUCCUUGCGGGCAGGGACAGUUUAUUUUUUUUUUUAAUUUUUCUAUUUUGUAUUCUUUGUAACCCCCAGUACCCAAUAUGUGGGCCUUGUACACAUUAAGCACUUAAUAAAAGUAAAAUUUAAACUGAAUAGAA